AUGCGCCACGUCGCUGUCUCCCCUAUUUUCGAUCCGCGGCUCCACCGUGACCUGGGAGUCCCGCUCUCCACAGGUGCAGGCGCAGCCACGGCGAUGAGCUCAAUCCGAUCGGCCCUCGCAAGGGCGCUUGUCGCCCCGAAGCUGCGUGGCCCCCACCAGUUCGCCGCCACCACUGCCGCCGGUGAUACGCAGCCCGAAAGGGUGGCCGCGGAGAUGGCUGCUCAUGCUCCGCCAUGUCCACGCUACUCUACCGGAGUGUCCCCUAAUGAUUCAGUUGAUCUGUCGAUCAAAGAUGACAGCCAGUGGUCUGAUCAGGAUCAUCUUAAAUUUCGGGUUAAUGCUAUCAAAGGACUUAUUGCACUUCUGAAUGGAGAAACAGAAUCAGCAGCCCAGCUGUUCACUGAUGGGUGCAAAGAUUUCGCUGGAGGCAAACACCAAACAGAAAGUGCUGCCUUUUCAUACAGUGAAUAUUUGCAUUGUGUUGGGGAUUUUCCAAUGGCAACACAAGUGUAUCAGAGUGUUCUUGAGGAAGCGCGCAUGGAAGAUAUGUCUGGAAACCUUUUAGCAGCUGGAAACAUGGUUCCUGAGGAGGUUUCUAUUGGGACCACAUGCUCAUAUAGCCAACUUUUAUCUCACUCUGGGAAGUUUGGUGAGGCAGAGGAUUAUCUCACAAGGGCACUACAAAAGGCUCAAGAACAAUUGAAUUUAACCAGCGAUUUUCUUUCGGUGGUAAGCGACGUGCUAGUCGACUGCAAGGCACUAGUGGUGAUUUUAUCAAUCUCGACGACAUGCUCAUCAACAGCAAAGCGUCAAUGGUGAUUUCGUCAACCUCAAGAAUAGUCGGCUUGAUUUUUAGAGGUGCUCAUAGGUGUAAGGGUGCGUACUUGUAUUCAUAAGUUCAGGGUGUGUGUUUGUAUUCAUAAAGUUCAUAGUGCGUGUGUUUGUACUG